UGCUCCAUUUUUCAACUUAAAGCGAUUAUUUGCAUCACAAGAAACAAACGCCACGCUAAACUACUACCCCUUUAAGUUCUCAGAACCCCUUUGGUACCAAAUUUGCUCUAUACCAACCUAAUACAGAUUCUAAACUUGUCAAGUCCUAAACCAAUAAUUACGACCAGGCAGCAGCAAGGGAAGGGCAUGUCCAUGCUCAGCAUGUUGAGGCUAGUGUUGGCCUUGUCUGUUUUGAGUUGUGCGCUUGUAACAUCCUCAGCUCAAACGUGUAGAAACCAAACAUUCUCAAACAGGGUGUUUACCACAUGUCGUGAUCUCCCACAGUUGACAGCAUAUCUACACUGGACAUAUGACCAGGCGAGUGGCAAGUUGGAGAUAGCAUUCAAACAUGCUGGAAUCACCUCAACGAAUAGAUGGGUCGCUUGGGCCAUCAAUCCCAGAAACACUCUUGACCCGGCCAUGAUUGGGGCCCAAGCCCUGGUGGCUAUUCCGCAGUCAAAUGGAAGCCCAAGAGCGUAUACUUCGUCCAUCGCCAACACCGCCACACAGUUGGAAGAGGGAAACAUCAGUUAUCCCGUGGAGGGGUUGAGUGCCACGUAUCAGAACAACGAGGUCACCAUUUUUGCCACUCUCACCCUUCCUAACGGCACCACCUCUUUGGUACACGUCUGGCAAGAUGGCCCUCUCUCUGGUUCCACCCCUCAAGAGCAUAGCCAUGAGACUUCCCACCAAAACUCCAAGGAAACGUUGAAUCUUCUCUCUGGUUCCUCCACUCAGGCUACCGGCAAUUCACGUCUAAAAAGAAGAAACACCCAUGGAGUGCUAAAUGCGGUGAGCUGGGGUAUAUUGAUGCCAACGGGUGCCAUAAUCGCAAGGUACUUGAAGGUGUUCAAAUCUGCAGACCCUGCUUGGUUUUAUCUUCAUGUCACGUGCCAAGCCUCGGCGUACAUAGUUGGUGUUUCUGGAUUUGGUACAGGUCUCAAACUUGGUAGUGACUCGAAGGGUGUUCAGUAUGACACUCACAGAACAAUUGGUAUUAUCCUCUUCUGCCUCGGAACUCUUCAGGUGUUUGCGCUGUUCUUGAGGCUCAACAAAGACCACAAAUACAGAGUGUACUGGAAUGCGUACCACCACUUUGUCGGAUACGCCACCAUAGGCCUCAGUAUAGCCAACGUAUUUAAAGGGUUCAAUACCUUGGAAAACUACGUUGGGGAUCGCUACGAUAGCUGGAGGAAUGCGUACAUUGGCAUUAUUGGAGCAUUGGGUGCCAUUGCUGUCCUUUUGGAAGCUUACACGUGGAUCAUAGUCUUGAAGAGGAGGAAGUCAGAGAACAAGAUGUCACACGGGGCAAAUGGUGUCAAUGGUUAUGGUUCUAGGCCACAACAGGUUUAGGAUGUGUAGCCAGAAAGACAGAUAGAUAUUGGUUUCUUUUGUUAUUUUCUGCCUUCUAUUUGUGUGUAUUUUGUUGUUGGACUCCUUUGUAUAUUUUCUUACAGAUGUUUGAAGUUAUUUAGGGGUGCUCCAGUUGCUCAGAGUCUCAGUUUUGAGGUAAUUCUUUCAUAGGAAAGUGACUUUCAGGUCUGGUUUUAUCCAUACUGUUACUACAGGGUAUACAUUGUAUUGGUUUCUGUUUCUUCAUAUUUGUAUUUAUUAUUUUAAUUAUUUUUUUCCUUGGGUCUUA